GCAGUGCAGACUGCAGUGGAUGCACUGGCGAAGUGCUGAGCAAGAGAGAUCUUCGUUGAAGAUAUUUCUGACAUGGUGAAGGCGCCAACUCGUAGGUAGCAGUGGUAAAUUAUUCAAAGCACAUGUACACGACAUCAGGUGGCGUAUAGGGAUUCCCAUCCGUCUUCCUAGGUCUCUCUUAUAGCACAUUAAGAACUGCUGUAGGUUCAGAGCGGGCGCAUCUGACCACUUGUCCGCAUGGCGGGCAUCCAUUCAUGUUCUUUCAAAAGUCUGAUCCAAAAUCCUCUCUCCUUACGAAGAGUUGCUGCAGAAAGCUGCAUCCCCUCAGCCCAAGAUCUGCAGUGGGCUCCUAAGCUGGCAAAGGGCUACAAUGCAUGCGGAAGAAAAGCAGGCAGGUCGUCUUCUGGAGAGCUAGGGAGACCCACGAAGUCCAGGAGAAGCAGAUCUUGCUGUGCUGUUCAGUACCCUGUGGAUCAAAGCCAUGGUGUGUGCCUGAAUACACAGCAUCAGAGUGGCAUGCACUUGGGGGUGCUGCCAACUACUACAGGAAGGUCAAAGGGACGCACUGUUUGUGGAGCUGCGACACAAGUGAAGGAGCGGGAACAGGGGGUUGAAGAACGGAAUGGGACACUCAGCACAGAAGAUUCAAGGCUUUCAGGAGGCCUUCUCACGGGUGGUUCGGUGGACUUCUCUGGGGCGACAAACCCCCUGAUUAGAAAAGCACUGGAGACUGAGAAAACGAUUGUGAUGGUACGGCAUGGCCUGAGCACAUGGAACUUUGAGGGCAGAGUACAGGGCUCCUCGGAUAAGUCCAUUCUGUCGGAGACUGGGAUCUGGCAAGCGGAGCGAUGCAAAGAGGCGCUGAGCAAGUUGAAGUUUGAGCAGUGCUUCGCUAGUCCUAUCUCUAGAGCCAAGACCAGCGCGGAAGUCAUAUGGAGCGAUAGGGAGGAGCCGCUGAUCUUUCUGGACAGCCUUCGGGAGGCGAACUUGAACAUUCUGGAGGGCAUGAAGAACUCGGAGGCAAAGGAGCUGUACCCGGAGCUAUUCACAUCGUGGCGGCAAGACCCGAUGCACUUUGAGGUGAACGGCGUCUACCCCGUCCGCGAGCUGUGGGACCAUGCCCAAAAUGCGUGGGAGGACAUCUUGACACAAGCCACCGGCGAUCUCGUUCUGGUCGUGGCCCACAAGUCGGUGUUGCGGGCGAUGCUGUGCACUGCGCUUGGUAUGGGCCCCGACAGGUUCCGGGCUAUUGACAUCAACAAUGGCGGCAUAUGUGUGUUCAGUAUAAACACAAGUGGGCAACCAAUGUUGAAAAGCUUAAAUCUGACGUCCCAUCUCCAAACCGAAGGUGUAUACUAUCAGCUGUAGCGCAGCGUACGUUUUGUGUGUUGAGUGUUUAGAGAUUGCAUAGAGGUUGCUUUGGUACAUUCAUACGGUUCCUAUAAUUCAUCAGCCUAUAUUGUGGAAAUACAGGCAGCAAGCAAUAAGCCUGCGAGUCGAACAGGUAACUUUGGUUAUGUCGUGUACAAAGAUGCAGGUUAGUGACACGUCUAGUUGAUUGACGCUUUUUGAGAGAAGUAUUCUUCUCCAAGCCUUGGAAGAAAUUUAUCCUCAGGACUCAUGGCCUCCUUGAAUCGUCCUUUCAUUAAUUAAGUCGAAAGAACGACAUUGAACACGUUUGCGUUCAGUUUCAAUGAACGAAAGACGGACGCGAGGGCUGCGUCCAUUACUCAUCGAAAG